GGGAAGCUGAGUCUCUGAAAGGUGGGCUCAGCCACAGACUCCAGUAGAAGCUGAGGGAUGGUGACGUCACCGGGGUGACUGACCAAUCGGGGAGGCGCUGCCCUUUGGAGACAAAACCAAUUCCACUUCUCUAAGUCUAAAAGCAGGAGGUGAACUUUAGCAGAAUCCACCUUAAAUCUCUGCGCCCACAGCACAGCCCAAACAAUCAGCAUUAAAAGGGGGGGAAAAGAUAAAAUAUAAUAUAGCAACAACAACAAUAGAAAAGCAACAAGAGCAGAAGCAAGAGCAGGAGGAGGACCAGCAGGAGCAGCAGCAGAAGCGCUCCCUCCAGGCCUGAGGAAGGGGGGAUUACACUAAGUAUAGGGUAGGUGGCCUCAGAGAGGGGUGGGAGGGGGCUGAUUGCUCUCCAUCACAAAGUUUGAUGAUGACCAUGACUACCAUGGCUGACGGCUUGGAAGCUCAGGACUCCUCCAAGUCUGCCUUUAUGGAGUUUGGUCAGCAGCCCUCCUCCCACUCCCAGCAAAGCUCCCCGGCCAUGGCAGCCAGUCACUACCCGCUGCACUGCCUGCACUCCGGCUCCCACCCGCACCAUCACCACCACCACCACCAGCACGACAGCACCUCCUACCCGGGGAGCAACUCCCAGUACAACCGCUCCCUGGCCGCCUACCCCGGCUACAUCAGCCAGCACAGCCCCUACCUGCAGUCCUACAACAGCAGCAGCUCCAGCAGCACGGCCACCCAGACCCGCACCGAGGACCCAGAUCAACAGAAAACGACGGUUAUUGAAAACGGGGAAAUCAGAUUUAAUGGCAAAGGGAAAAAGAUCAGGAAACCUCGGACUAUAUACUCCAGCCUCCAGCUGCAGGCGUUAAAUCACCGCUUUCAGCAAACACAGUAUCUGGCUCUGCCUGAGAGGGCAGAGCUGGCGGCUUCCCUAGGCCUAACUCAGACACAGGUGAAGAUAUGGUUUCAGAAUAAACGCUCCAAGUACAAGAAGCUCCUGAAGCAAGGAGGCAAUCCUCACGAAAGCGAUCCAUUGCCCGGCACGGCCACCCUGUCCCCCCGGUCGCCGGCAAUCCCUCCUGUCUGGGACGUUUCAGGUUCUGCCAAGGGUGUGAACAUGCCCCCCAACAGCUAUAUGCCCGGUUACUCCCACUGGUACUCGUCUCCACACCAGGACACAAUGCAGAGAUCACAGAUGAUGUGACCUGUGCACAGACUCUGCUGGAUUUGCCAAAAUGACGGGAUUAUUCGCGGAGAACGCGCAUCUUUUGGAGACAGUCCACUUCUUACGAGAAACCUCAGUCAUAUAACGACAUUUCAUCCUGGAGCCAGGGAUAUAAAGUUGUUUGGAAUUAAGGAACCGCAUUGCUUCCUCAGCAUUUGUCACAAACUGUUAAAUGCGAGAAAUAAAAUCAAAGCACACACAAUACAAACCAGCAAAAAAUAUAUAUAGUAGCCGCAGAGACGCAGAGUUGCGCAAAGGCGCAUAUAUAUUUACGCAAAGACGCAAGGAACCACUUUUCUACACACAGACUGUGAAUUGACGCAGGUUAGACAGAACAAGUAGACAUUCAAUCGAAACAGACGAAACAAAAAAAUUACAGGGACGUUUAUAAUUAUGAAAAGUAUGUAUAUAUUGUUGAAUUUUAGUUGUAUAUACUUUAUAUGUUAUUGUCUUUCAUAAAUGGAGAAAAAAAGAAUAAU